ACAAGUUUCUAUGGUUCACAUGCAUUCGGCAGCAUCUCGCUGUUUGUCAACUCGUGUUUCUCUAUAAAUUUCACCUUCUUGACUGCAUCUUCUCUUCAUCCGAUCCUUACCAUCUCCAUAUCUCUUCAUUCUCUCUUCUCCCUCCUGGUAAAUCAAUAUGGCUAAGUGCACAACCAUUUUCAUCAUGGCUCUCCUUCUCUGCUCAACGCUAACCUACGCAGCCAGGUUGAUUCCGACGACAACUACCGCCUCUUCUAGUGAAGACUCCGUCAAGGGAACCGAAGGAGAUAAUACUGAAGAUGAAAUCUGCAAAGGAGUUGGAGAAGAAGAAUGUUUGAUUAGACGAACUCUUGUUGCUCACACCGACUACAUUUACACUCAAAAUCACAAACACUAAAUUUAUAUAUUAAGCUACAAAUUAUUAACUAAUUACAUUAGUAAACCCUAUCACUGUACUUUCUGUUUUUUGUUCUUUUUUAAUUUUGUUAUAGCUGUUUUAAUCUUUGUUAUUACUUCGUUGAGAGUUACUAUAUUAUUUACACUCCUUGUAUAAUUAUGAACAACUUUCUGUAUUUUAAUUUAUAAGGUUUAAAUUAAAAAUAUAAAGUCACAACAACGCGUUUAUUCCA